AUGCUUUCGACAAAAUCACUCAUCAGCCUGUUGUUCCUGGCGUCUGCCGUCCUCUUGUCCAGGGCCUAUCCCAAGGCGCAGGAGGAGAACGAGGAGGAGCUCAAGGAAACAAAGAGGACGCUCGUAGAAGAAGAGGAUGAUGCUGAUCUCCUGGAAAGUGUGCUGGCUGAGACGGGCCUAUUAGAGGAGAUGGAGACGCCUGCAGAAGUCAGUCAGGAGAACAUAACGGUUCUGAGGCCUGCUACAUCCAGGCGGUGGAAAAAAUUCGUCAGGCGAGUUGAGCAGGGCUUCAGACGAGCUUUUGGACCUAAGAAAAAAAGAAGCAAAAAGAGUGAUGCCCCAGCGCCCAAUCCUGUCGCUGCUUCUCAAAGUCAGAAUUCUGGCCUGAGAAUCAUAGACUAUAUCGUGCUCACUGGCAUAUGCAUGUUUAUUCGUUGA